UCGGAUCUCCAAUUGCAAAUGGUCUGUGACAGUCUAUCCGAGCACCUCAAGUUCGUGCAUAGAAUAUCUACUAGGUUGCAGUGAAAGUAUUCAUAAUCGAUGGUCAAAGAUCUGGAAAGAAACUACAGAGCGUAAGUCGUCUUGUACAGACUCAAACACUUCACCAUUUUUUAUACGGCGUAUCACUGUAGGCAAUGGAUCGGGAAAUUGCAGUAUGGCUUAAGCUUAGUAAAUCGGCUUAUAUCGUGCCACUACUCGGCACUGUAAAACUCUUCUCUCCCGAAUCACUGCCAGUUCUUGUUUCAGAAUGGAUGCCUUCCGGGACAUUAGAUCAAUACCUCGAGAAGUACGCCGAGACCCUCACUGUUUCCGCUAGAGUUAAAUUGACCAGGGGCGUCGCUGGCGGCCUCAACUAUCUUCGCUUGGAGAAUGUCGUUCAUGGAGACCUUCACCCCGGAAAUGUGCUGAUUGACCAUGAAAGGAAUCCACGUCUCGCAGAUUUUGGUCUCGCGACAGUUGUAGGAGACCCAGGGUUGCAGUGGGGUUCGACGACUGCGGCACGUGAACUCAAUGCUCGAUGGCGUGCACCUGAAGUCCUUGGAAUAGAGAGCGAUAUGACCAGACCAACUUUCAUGAGUGAUAUCUAUUCCCUCGGAAGCAUAAUUUUCUUUAUCACCUCGGGGGAUAAACCAUGGAAAGAGAAGAAAAACUCAAUUCAAAUCUCCGUCGCGCUGUCGAAAAAAGAGUCUCCCACACGCCCCGAGAAGAUCUCCGACAAUCGUCACUGGAACUUGAUUCAAAAAUGCUGGUCUUGGGAACCAACGGAUCGCCCAGAGUCUACAGAAGUCCUUGAAAACAUCAGAGAUAUUGCAAUGAAUCCGCAUACGAGACGCGCACCUGCACUGCAUAGGAUUAUGCAUCCACUCUUUACCUCUACACGGUUUCGCUCCGCGCCCAUAAAUUACGACGUCAACUAUGGCCCUUCGCCGCGAACCGUUCUAGACCGUACCACACAUUCUCCCGUCGACUCCCAUACAUUAUCUCAACCAGCAACAGACCCACCCACUCCGGCAUCAUCCAUUAUUCUACUUCGUUCAGAUAAGUUCCCGUGGCACGCGGUCGUCGGGCCUUGCAGAAAUAGGCGCUCUCCAGAUAUCACCAAUCUCGACCUUCUUUGUGCACUACAUGAGAUGCUUCUCACGAGAGUCACGCCUCAAGAGUGGGAGGCGCUUGGUCAUGGAAGCAAGGUUCAACGGAAAGUUACGCAGGCGUAUGAACAGCGGUGUACCAGAUUGGGAGGCGGAUGGCAAGGCGGAGUCCGACGGGUGGAUUGGCUGCAUGGGAAAACUCGUUUGAUCGGAAUCGAAGUGGAGAAGCAUGGACCCGGCGCCGGCUCCGGAAGACUCGUUUUUGGUAAGGCUUGAAGCCGACGUUUCCAACUUCUGAGAUCGACAGCUACCGAGGCUAGUCCUCGUUACUUCAUACCUGCGAAACCUUUUCGCGGCGUAUCCACAGACGCCGCUACAUCUCUGUGGAAUUCACGAUUAUUAGGCAUUAGGCAUACGUACUAAUUUAUUACACGACUUUUUUUAUGAUUUUGUAUUAUGCUGUAACAGCUUGGGCAUAGU